AUGUCGUCGACUGGCGUAAGUAUAUUAAUUAAGUAGUAUCCAUUUUCUUUUUUAUAAUUUAAGUGUUAUUAAUAAAAUAGUGUAAUAAACUAACUUUGAACAUUCCAUUUUUAGAGACCGGACGAUCAUCGACGAAAAUGGAACAAAGACGAGUACGAAAAAUUGGCCAGAAAAAGGCUAAUGGACGAUUUAGAAGACGACCGUUCAAAAGACUUAUCACCAGUUAAAAGGGAAAUGCUCAAACAACGAGACUACCGAGUAGAUUUGGAUUCCAAACUUGGAAAGAGUGUUGUUAUUACCAAAGCUACUCCUUCUUCGCAAAGUGGAGGGUAAUAAUAUAAACUUGGUCAUAGUUAUUUAGUUUCAUAUUUAAAAAUGUAUACAUUUUCAAUAUGUUUGUUUUUCAGUUAUUACUGUAAUGUUUGUGACUGUGUUGUUAAGGAUUCAAUUAACUUUUUGGAUCAUAUAAAUGGAAAAAAACGUGAGUAUUUAGUAAAACAAACAAUGCAAAUAAACACAGCUAAUCAUUAAUAGAAGAAAAUUUUGAUUCAAUAUCAAAUGUUUCAUAAUACAUAUAGAGGGGGCUAAAAGUAUUUUAGGUAAUAUAUUUUUUUUUUCAAUAGUCUUUGAAAAUUCUUAGAUUAUUUGGAAAAAAUAUACUGUAAUAUAAUAUUUCAUAACAUUUUUUGAAAUGUAAUUUUAUAUAAAAUAAAUUUCUUAAAAAAAAUUUGAAUUAUUUUCAAUUAAGUUCAAUAAAAAGUAUAAAUCAAGGUUUUCAUUUGAGUUUUUGUCUAAAUAUUCAAACAAGUAUAUAUUAAAUUACAAGUUUAAUUGUAUAAUUUAAAAUUUAAAACAUCAACAUUUAACCGUCAAACAAAAUUAUACCUAUUAUAAUGAUAAAGAUAAAUAAGGUUGCUAAUUGUUUUUUGUUUGAAUUCAAUUUUCCCUGUACUUUUAGAUCAAAGAAAUUUAGGUAUGUCUAUGAAAAUAGAAAGAUCAUCAUUAGACCAAGUAAAAAAACGAUUUGAAACAAAUAAAAAAAAAAUGGAAGAAAAGAAAAAAGAUUAUGAUUUGGAACAACGUUUAAGAGAGUUAAAAGAAGAAGUAAUUAAAUAAUAUAAUAUAUUAUCCAUUUUUUUAAUUAUUAUUAUUCAAAUUAUACAUUGCUCUUUUUCAGGAAGAAAAAUUAAAAGAAUACAGAAAAGAAAAGAAAAAGGAUAAAAAAAGAAAACAUGAUGAUUUAGAAGAUGAACCCCAAAAUGAUGAGAUGGCAGCAUUGAUGGGUUUUUCAGGGUUUGGAUCAUCAAAAAAAUAA